CCAGGGCCUCAUCUUUCUUCAUAACAAAGAAAGUGGCAGAAUUGUGCAGUAGAGACGAUUACUUUUGUCUCCUUUUCAAAUGGAUUGAUACAGGCCGACUCAGAUUAAGUCUGAGGCUGGUAACAUCAACAGUGAGGACAAACCCAGCCUGCCUCUCUCCUUCCACACUGAGUCCAAACCUAAAACCUACAGUCACUGGGUCCUAAUUGUGACAGUGAGCCCAGUUUGCACUGCAGGAUCCAGAGAUGGCAUCAGUGAAGUUGGAAGACUGCAAUCAAACACUGGAGCUGAAUGUCAACAUUAAAGAUGAAGAAGAGAAGAUUGGGAAAUCUGUUUCUCAUGGUCACGUUGAGACAUCCUCUACAUCCAGAGAGCAGAAGCAGGAAGAUCACAGAGCUAAGAGGUUUCACCACUGCCCACAUUGUGAGGAGAUUUUCCCAUAUCUAUCAAAGCUAAAAAUACACCUAAAAACACACACAGGAGAAAAUCUAUAUUCCUGUACUGACUGUGGGAAAAGAUUCACAACAUCACAUUCUCUGACAGUUCAUCAGAGAGUGCACACAGGUGAGAAGCCUUACUCCUGCUCUGCCUGUGGGGGGAGAUUCUCUCGACGGAGCCACUUAAAGAGACACCAACAUAUACACACAGGAGAGAAGCCUUACCCUUGCUCUGACUGUGGAAAAUGCUUCGCAACAUCAUCUGACCUAACAGUUCACCAGAGAACACACACAGGAGAGAAGCCUUUUUCCUGCUCUGACUGUGGGGGGAGAUUCUCUCAACUGAGCAGUUUAAAAAAACACCAACAUAUACACACAGGAGAGAAGCCUUACUUCUGCUCUGACUGUGGGAAGAGUUUCUCGCUAUUGGAUACCUUAAAAGCACAUGCACGUAUACAUACAGGAGAAAAGCCUUACUCUUGCUCUGACUGUGGGAAGAGGUUCUCUCAACGGAGCAACUUAAAAAUACACCAACGUUUACAUACAGGAGAAAAGCCUUAUUCCUGCUCGGACUGUGAAAAGAGUUUCUCCCAAUUGGAUAAGUUAAAUAGUCACCAGCGAAUACAUACAGGGGAGAAGCCUUACUUCUGCUCUGACUGUGGGACUUGUUUCAGCCAAAUUGAUACGUUAAAAUGUCACCAGCGAAUACAUACAGGAGAGAAGCCUUACUCUUGCUCUGACUGUGGGCAGAGUUUCUCUCAACACAGCAGCUUAAAGAAACACCAACGUAUACACACAGGAGAGAAGCCUUACUCCUGCUCUGAAUGUGGGACGAGUUUCUCUCUACAGGACAGCUUGAAAUCACACCAACGUAUACACACAGGAGAGAAGCCUUACUUCUGCUCUGACUGUGGAAAGAAUUUCUCUCGACACAGCAGCUUAAAGAAACACCAGCGUAUACACACAGGAGAGAAGCCUUACCCCUGCUCUGAAUGUGGGAAGAGUUUUACAACAUCAAGUGCUCUGACAGUUCAUCAGAGAGUGCACACAGGAGAGAAACCUUACUCCUGCUCUGACUGUGGGGGAAGUUACUCUCGACUGGGAAACUUAGAAACACACCAUCGUACACAUACAGGAGAGAAGCCUUACUCUUGUUCUGACUGUGGUAAAUGCUUCACAACAUCAAGUGCUCUGACUGUUCAUCAGAAAACACACACAGGAGAGAAGCACACCAACGGAUACACACAAGCCGAGAGUUUUGCAGAUUAAAAUCUUACGUUUUCGGUGGAUUGACAAUGGACCCGUUUUAAAGUAUCCUUUUUUUGGUAACAGUUCUCUCAUACCAGCUGUGGUUAAAGUCCCUCCAUCACUUAAUUCUCAUUAAAGAAGUGGUAAGUGAAUUGGAUCAAAUGAAGAAAGUGUAGAACACUAUUGUAAUCCUAUUGUUUCUCACUGUGAGAGAACUGUGCAGAGGAAAAGGAGCAUUACAGAAUGUUAGCCUCUCUUUACUGAUCAGUGUGCAUCUUGUCAGUUUUGGUGUUUUGUUAGCGUCUACUGCAAAGAUAUUGAGAUGACCUUGGAUUGGCCCUUAGUGUUGAAUAUCCUCUUAGGUUUCUCUUGUUGAAACAAUGGAGUCUGAUGGUUGACUGGAUAGUACUGCUUCCCUCUGUAGUUUUCUGUUGGAAUGAGCAAGUACACACAGCAUGUAUGAGAUAGAGAUGGUAUGAUGAUCAGUUUUCAGCAUAUAUAUAUAUAUAUAUAUGAGGAGCACAGUUAGCUCUGGAUAACAUGACAACAGCCUAACCAGCUAGGGCGAGUAAAAUGGUCAGUUGGGUGUCCUCUCAUUUGUGACUGGAUGUAGCUAGCAAGCAAGACAAUUUUAGCCAGUUAGCUGUGGACGAUGCUGAAUGGGCAAAGAGCUCUCCAGUAGGUACCAAAACAUUCAAAGGCCAUUUUCUCAGAAGUGAGGUUACAAGUAUCAAGUUAAUGGCCGAGCUGGUCGCCCGGCCAAACUGAGAUAUUGGGGGAGAAGGACCUUUGUCAGGGAGGUGACCAAGAACCCAAUGGUCACUCUGACAAAGCUCCAGAGUUCCUCUGUGGAGAUGGGAGAACCUUCCAGAAGGACAACCAUCUCUACAGCACUUUGCCAAUCAGCACAUGACUUCCCGCUUGGAGUUUGCCAAAAGGCACCUAAAGGACUCUGACCAUGACAAACAAGAUUCUCUGGUCUGAAUAAACCAAGAUUGAAUUCUUUGGCCUGAAUGCCAAGCUUCACAUCUGGAGGAAACCUGGCACCAGCCCUACGGUGAAGUGUGGUGGAAGCAGCAUCGUGCUGUGAGGAUGUUUUUCAACCGCAGAGACUGGGAGACUAGUCAGGAUCGAGGGAAAGAUGAAAAGUACAGAGAUCCUUGAUGAAAACCUGCUUCAGAACGCUCAGGACCUCCGUCUGGGG